AUGGAAUUAAAUAAGCCAUACGAUGAAAUUUUUAGAAGCUGCAAGCUAGAUAAUUCAGAUUGUAGAUACAAGUAAUUUAAAGAGCUACAAAAAGAUUGGAUUAAAUAUUGUAUGUGUGAUUGGGUAAAAGACCAUUAUUAAUGCAAAAUGAAUACAAACUAAUGUCACGAAGAGAUGGAAAAACUUGCUAAACUGAGAUUGUCGUACUCUUUACAAUUCUAUAAAAAUCUUGAUGAAGCACAUUUAAAAGAAGUGAUAGGAAUUUUAAGAUCUUUUGACCAUCACAAAAAUAAAUGA